GAGCUGAAAACCCAAAACAAAAACAGCUGCUGUGGCUUUCACUUUAUCAGUUCGCUAAACUACGGGUUUCAAAGUACUCUCCGGUUUGCGGUUGUAUCGAACAAAGAGCUUCUUAAUCAACUAGUCCGGCGACGAAGGCAUAAAAAGCGAGGCAUUCGCAUUGCUUUAAUGCAAUCUGCAAGUACUGCAAGUGGUGAAAAGUUCUCCUCAAAUCGCAAUCAAAAUGAGCAGAUUCGAUCACACCUGGAUUGCCCGCAACGUUUACGAUCCUCUGCCGCCAUUCGCCAUCGUCGCCGGCCACGAUUCCGACAAUGAUCCCAUCUAUGUGGGACGCGCCUAUCACAAUGGCGACAUGCUGCCCGCCAAGUACAUUCCCAACAAGCAACAGGCCUACGUCGCCUGGGGCGGUGAGGAGAUCAACAAGCACGAUUUUGAGAUCCUGACCGGUCACCACUACUGCUGGAUCCCCGCCAGCGGCGGUGAGGUGCCUCCUCAUGCUCUGCGCGUCGGCCAAACCUCCGACGGCGAGCCUCUGUAUGUGGGACGCGGCUACUUUGCCGGCAGUCUGACACCUGGCAAGGUGCAUCCCUCCCAUGGCUGUCUGUACAUUCCCUAUGGCGGUGCCGAGGAGCGUCUGGAGGCGUAUGAGGUGCUCGUGCAGCCCGAGACCUGGGUGAAUUCAUCGGGCAGCAACAUUGUGCCCGGCACCAUUUUGGCCGGCAACGAUUCCGAUGGCGAUCCAAUCUUUGUGGGUCGUGCCUACCACGAGGGCGAUUUGUUGCCCGCUAAGGUCAUUCCCAACAAGGGCUGCGCCUAUGUGCCUUAUGGUGGUCACGAGCAUGUCAAGUACGACUUUGAGCUGCUCGCUGGCUACGGCUACGGUUGGGUGCCCGACUCCUUUGGCAAUGUGCCCGGUGGCGCCGUCGUCUGUGGCCGCACCAGCGAAGGCGAAGCUCUCUACAUUGGCCGUGGACAUUACCAAGGCAGCUUCACGCCCGGCAAGAUCCAUCAGUCGCAUCGCUGUCUGUACAUUCCCUUCGGUGGCCAGGAGGUGCGUCUGGACCAUUACGAGGUGCUCGUGAGGUCCUAAACUGACUGAUUCGACUGACUGUAUCCUCUCCAGCAGAACUAAUUCGGUUCAGUCCUCCUGCCUUCCUCAUUAAUGCUGUCAAAACAUUUCCAACAACACCAAAAAUCAAUUAAAUUAUUCGUCUUUCAUCUAUCACUUAAUCAGUUAUGCCGUUAUUUGAUACGAUAUUAAAAUAAAGCUUAGAUACAUUUGUA